AUGUUCCCGUCUUAUAUCCCCCCUGGCCUUGACUUCCUCCAACCUCACGAAUAUUAUAUUUCGGCCCGACCUUCCAAGAUUGACAACUAUUUCCUUGAAAUACUUCACUUCAUAUUGGUUAUUAUUGAAGCCAAUCAAUAUGCGGAUGAACAUUAUCUCCCUGGCGGCUCUGGCUGCUACAUCUGCAGGUCUCACUGUCACUUCCCCCGGAUUGGUGAGAAGAUUGACCCAGAUCUGCCUCUUACUAUCAAGUGGCAGUCCGUCUCAACGGAUCCGCAAACCUUUACCAUCGAACUGGUCAAUCAGAAUGUCUACCCCCCGACAACAACAAUUGUGGCUGAGGAUGUAGACUCUUCCAAGGGCUCCUACACCGUCAAAGCAAAGACGUUCGCGGAUGUAGAUGAUGGGAAGGGAUAUCAGAUCAACUUCCUCUCUCCGACUAGCGGCAUUCUGGCUCAGUCUCAGCAAUUCCUAGUCACUGAGCCUGGUGAAAUUGCUAGUAGUGCUAGUAGCUCUGGUAAGGAAACCAGUACUGCGCUUGAAACUUCGUCUGCCUCGUCCUUGAUUUCUUCCACCGCGUGGACCAGUGAUCUUACUUCUUCGACUCCUUCUUCCUCGACUACUUCCUCUUACCUGUCUUCGACUGCUACUCACACCUCCAUCAACCUUGACUACUACCUUGACGCUUACCACCCUCACUUCUUCCUCAGUUACUUCUAUUUCUACACUUGCAACUUCUUCCUCGGUUUCCUAUACCUCUACACUUUCAACUUCUUCUUCUAUUACACCAACUCCAUCCUCCAUUAUAUCUACCUUUACUACCCCGACUACUUCUAUUUCCAUUACCACGUCUUCCAUCCCACCUACUACAUCCACACAUCUUCCUACCUCGACUUUCAUCACAUCAAGCACUAUCUCAUCUACCACAUAUCUUUCUACCCACACAUCCACUACCCCUGUCUGUCCACCGCAACCCAUUCGAGCACUACUUCGACCACCACUCACAAGACUACUUCGACCACAACAUCGAGUGCUACGGAGUCGGCAAGUACCACCUCGAACGCUGCUGCCAUUCUCAUGCCCCCUGCUGGCAGUCUGCUUCUGGGUCUGUUUGCGCUGGUCUUUUAA